UCAUUAUGCUGCCGCUGCGCCAUCACCAGCCAGCCGCUCGCAGCAGUGACUAAUAUCCGCCGUUUACUCGCCGUUCCCCGAUCGCCUGCUAUUCUGUACACCAUCACGGAUAUCUUUGUGAUAGGUUUGUGUACCAUGGAAAACAUCAAGACAGGACUUUAGGCUGUUAUCUGGGAUUCUCUUCUGAACACAAAGCAAUGUGGAGGAAAUAAGGAUCGUGCUGUGCUUUAAAUACAGCGUAUGCUCGUCUGCUGCUUUAAUUUCUGGAGCUCGUUAUAGCAGGAUGGAUUCUGAUUGGGUGUCAUUCGAGCGCAUCGUUCAUCAGCUGGAAAAAAUCGUUCUGAAAAUCAUAGAGGAUGGGCUGUGUGCAAUGUAAGGACAAAGAGGCUGCUAAGUUAACCGAGGACCGGGACACCAGCUUGUCUCAGAGCGGAGUAGGUUAUCGGUAUGGCGUCGACCCCACGCCACAGCAUUACCCCAGCUUCAGCGGGGUCACUGGGGUCACCGGUGUCAGCGGGGUCACCGCUAUUCCCAACUACAACAACUUCCAUGGCGCUGGGGUCACGCAGGGCGUGACAGUCUUCGGAGGGGUCAACACGUCCACACAGCAAGGGACGCUCCGCACACGAGGAGGCACAGGUGUGACUCUGUUUGUUGCUCUCUAUGAUUAUGAGGCCCGUACAGAAGAUGAUCUCAGUUUCAGGAAAGGCGAGAAGUUUCAAAUCAUCAACAGCACUGAGGGUGAUUGGUGGGACGCCCGUUCUCUCACUACAGGAGGAACCGGCUACAUUCCCAGCAAUUAUGUCGCCCCUGUGGACUCAAUCCAGGCUGAGGACUGGUAUUUUGGAAAGUUGGGCAGAAAGGAUGCAGAAAGGCAGCUUCUUUCCACAGGGAACCCGCGUGGCACCUACCUGAUCCGUGAGAGCGAAACCACUAAAGGUGCCUUCUCUUUGUCUAUCCGGGACUGGGACGAUGUGAAGGGGGACCACGUGAAACAUUAUAAAAUCCGUAAACUGGACAGUGGAGGAUAUUACAUCACCACUAGAGCUCAGUUUGAGACGCUUCAACAGCUGGUGCAGCAUUACACGGAGCGGGCAGCGGGGCUUUGCUGUCGUUUGGUCGUCCCUUGCCACAAAGGGAUGCCAAGGCUCACUGACCUGUCUGUCAAAACCAAAGACGUGUGGGAGAUUCCACGGGAGUCGCUGCAGCUCAUUAAGCGCUUAGGCAACGGCCAGUUCGGGGAGGUUUGGAUGGAGAGUGCAGAUGGUUUGUGCUUUAAUUUAACGGGUGUGUGCAUGGUCUACAUCCCUGAUACGGUGGGACUUAGCCAUGACUCCUGGGAAAUCACACGCGAGUCUCUGACGCUGGAAAGGAAGCUGGGGGCCGGGUGUUUCGCUGAUGUUUGGUGUGGCACAUGGAAUGGCAACACUAAAGUGGCUGUGAAGACCCUCAAGCCAGGAACCAUGUCUCCAGAGUCCUUCCUGGAGGAAGCGCAGAUCAUGAAGAAAUUACGACAUGAUAAACUAGUGCAGCUCUACGCUGUUGUUUCUGAGGAGCCCAUCUACAUCGUCACUGAGUAUAUGGGAAAAGGAAGUCUUCUAGAUUUCCUGAAGGACGGGGAGGGACGGGCCCUCAAGCUGCCCAACCUCGUCGACAUGGCGGCCCAGGUGGCUGCAGGCAUGGCCUACAUCGAGCGGAUGAACUACAUUCACAGAGAUUUGCGCUCUGCUAACAUUCUGGUUGGUGAUAGCCUGGUGUGUAAGAUCGCUGACUUUGGUCUGGCCAGACUCAUUGAGGACAAUGAGUACACUGCCCGACAGGGCGCAAAAUUCCCUAUUAAGUGGACGGCUCCUGAAGCAGCUCUGUAUGGGAAGUUCACCAUUAAAUCUGAUGUUUGGUCUUUUGGAAUCCUGCUUACGGAGCUGGUCACUAAAGGCAGAGUUCCAUAUCCAGGGAUGAAUAACAGAGAGGUACUGGAACAAGUGGAGCGUGGCUACCGGAUGCCGUCUCCCCAGGACUGCCCGAGCUCUCUACACGAGCUGAUGGUUCAGUGCUGGAAGAAGGACGCAGAAGAGCGGCCCACCUUCGAGUACCUGCAGGCCUUCCUCGAGGAUUACUUCACCGCAACCGAACCUCAAUAUCAGCCCGGAGACAACCUCUAAUCCCAGCCUCCUGGGCUCACCCUGAUCUCAUCCUCCCCGGGCCGUCUCAAGUGGCCUCGACUCCCUCCAGACCGGAGGCAUGUACAGCUUCACGAGUUCACCUAAGCUCCUGUUACUCCCCUGCGGCUCCACACACCCUAUAGUCGACUGAAGACUGAACCGUUUGCACAGACUUGCCACUUGAGGGGUGUAAACACGAGCGAACAGGGGGAAUUGUGGGUAAAGUUGGAAGGGGGAGGACGUGGAAAAGUUGUGGCCAUAACCAUUAUAAUGAUAUGAAAUGAUGCCUGUAUUCAGUGUAAAUACGAGAUGCUUGUUUAAGGUUUAUUUUUCAAUUUGUUUUCAUUCAGGUUUUUCGUUUUGUUAUCCCUGCUCAUCUUUUUGUGUUGCUUUGCAAAGAAGCAGUUUUGGUUGCGUUGAGGAACCCGUUCUCCAUGAAGGCAGACAUCUAUGAAGGGUUUAUACGAGUGCUGAAUUUGAGAAUGAUCUCCUCUGCUGACGAGAUCAUGUUCCAAAUGGAGGAAUUCCAAAUUCAGAGUCUUUAUUAUUCUAGUGGUUUUAAAAUAUCUCAACCUGCAGAGGAAAUUGGUUUCUUACAAUUUCUUUAAUUUAUUUCUUGAUUUAUUUUACGUUGCUUAAGAUACUAAAUUGAACUGACGUCCUCUCCAAAUGGUUACGUUAACCUAAUGUAACAAAAAAUUAUUUUACACAUAUUGUACAUUUUUGUAUUUCUAGCCAAAUGUUAAAGACUGCCAUACAUCAGCAUAUCUCCACAGAGAAAAUGCAUUGUGUUUAGUUUUCCAGCUAUUUCUGAGUAUGGAUGUUUAGUUUUUUUCUUUUUACCUAUACUUAGGCUGUGCCCAAAAAAAAAAAAAAAAAAAAAAUUUAACCUUGCAUUCAGUACUCAAAAGGAAGUUACCAAGAAAUGUUUAAAUCCAACAUCCUGUUUUCUAGGGGAUGAAACAUACUUGUAUGUGUUUGCGGAUAUACUGUAGCUACUGUAGUACACAUUUCAUUCUCAGAGUGAAUGCAAGGGAACAUCUCAGAAACUGUUUCUACUAUCAGUUUUCUCUUUCAGGUCAACUACUGUCAUGGAGGAGCAAACGUUUAAAGAGAAUCUUGCGACUAAGUCAAAGGUAAAGUUAGCUAAAAUCAAAAGUUAGCUAUUGUCAGAAAAAAAGUUAAUAUAAAAUAGGACAUUUUUGGGGUACAACAGCAUGUCACUGUGGCAGUACCCUCAAAACAACAACUUUGUACCUUAUCUUCCUCUAAAAGGUGUGUUUUAGUAUCUUAAAGUAGUAAUAUGUACCUUUAAGGUACUACUACUGUUCAGGUCUAAGUAAUGUACAAAGUUGUCCUGCUGAGGAUACGCUCUUGAAUUUGUUUCUUUGAAUUUGACAUGACAUAAUGGUGCCUUGGAAGCCCGUCUGAAAGCAGUUUUCAGAAAUGUGGUUUGUUAAGUCAUUGACUGACUGGGCAGCGAGAAAGCAAAGCAGAGGUCUUUGGUUUCGGACACAGCCUCAUUCAAAUCAGAUCAGGUUCCAUUUGCCCUUCAUGACAACUGGCCCCUAUGUGCCGUUUAUUCUGUUCUUCAUGGAGGACACUUUUAAAAUGUAUUUGUUUCAAUGUAUUUGAUUUAAUCGAGCAUAAAUCUACAUGGAACUGCUUGGAUUUGGCUCAAGGGAACACUCCAAAGUACCAUUUGUACAGUGCUCAUCAGAACGUCUUUAAAACCCCUCAUCUGCAUUUCAUUUGGUUUAACAGUAUUAUAAGUGUCAGUAAUUGCCUCAAAAAUUGCCAUUCCCAUUUUUUUAACAUGCCAUUUUGUUAACAUUUCCCAUUUGGAAAUAAAAAAUACAAUAUUUUACACUCUUUACAA